UCCUCCCUCACCUCGCAUCCUGGGCUCCGAGGAGCCUGGGCGACCUAAGGGGCUAUAACGCCCAGGAUCCGCCGCCAUGGUCCGGGCCCGCAGCCCGGGCCGGCAGCCCCGCGGCCCCCCAGAUCCCACAGACAGCUCGGUCCGCUGGAGCCUGGUCCUGCUCGGGGCUCUCCUCGCCGCCGUCGUCGCCGCUGCCGUAGCCGCCGCCGCCCGGGGAUACGCGGGCUACAGGGAGGCCCAGGCCGCGGCACUGCGGGAGGCAGCAUUAAAGUCCCUGGGGACAGAAGGCCUGUACCUGUUCUUCUCUCUGGAUUUAGACAAAGACAUGUCUAUCAGCCCAGAAGAAUUCAAGCCCAUUGCUGAGAAAUUCACAGGGCCGGUGCCUCUCACUGACUCUGAGGAAGAAGAGAAGUCACCACUCGAUCCCAGUGAGAUGGGAUACAUAGACGAGAACCUGUCCCCAGAGGAGAAGUUGUCCAUAGUAGCCCGAUUCCAGCCCCUGCUCCUGGAGACCAUGACGAAGAGCAAAGAUGGUUUUCUGGGGGUUUCUCAUCUUGCCCUUUCUGGGCUUCGAGAAUGGAGAACCCCGGUCUCACACUUCAAGGAGUUCUCUGCUCGCCAAUUCAAGCCUUUCCUGCCCCCCAGGAGCAACAUGGAUCUGGGAGAGCCCUGGUGGGUCAUUCCCAGUGAGUUAAGCAUCUUCACUGGAUACCUCUCUAACAACCGCUUCUACCCACCCUCUCCCAAAGGCAAAGAGGUCAUCAUCCACAGACUGCUGAGCAUGUUCCACCCAAGGCCCUUUGUGAAGACUCGCUUUGGGCCCCAGGGUGCAGUGGCCUGCCUCACAGCCAUCAGUGACUCCUACUACACUGUGGCUUUCAGGAUCCACGCUGAGUUCCAACUCAAUGAACCACCGCACUUUCCCUUCUGGUUCUCUCCAGGACAGUUCACUGGGCACAUCAUCCUCACCAAAGAUGCCACCCAUGUCCGUGAAUUCAAGCUCUUUGUGCCUAACCACAGGUCUCUGAAUGUGGACAUGGAGUGGUUGUAUGGAGCUAAUGAGAAGAGCAACAUGGAAGUCGACAUCGGUUACCUCCCCCAGAUGGAGCUUGAAUCCCAGGGCCCCUCAGUGCCAUCUGUGAUCCAAGAUGAGAAUGGCAAUGUGAUUGACAGCCGCCUGCCUUCUGGGGAACCCAUUCAGUUUGUGUUUGAGGAUAUUUUGUGGCAGCGGGAGCUCAGCUGGGAGGAGGCAGCACAGAAGCUGGAGGUUGCCAUGUACCCUUUCAAGAAGGUCACCUACCUGCCAUUUACUGAAGCAUUUGACCGAGCCAAAGCUGAAAACAAACUAGUGCACUCCAUCCUGCUCUGGGGGGCCCUCGAUGACCAGUCCUGCUGAGGUUCAGGGCGGACUCUCCGGGAGACAGUCCUGGAAAGUUCGCCCAUCCUCACCCUCCUCAACGACAACUUCAUCAGCAGCUGGUCCCUAGUGAAGGAGCUGGAGGAGCUUCAGAACAAUCAAGAAAAUGAAUCCCACAAGGAGCUGGCCAACCUGCACCUGGAGAAGUACAGCUUCCCUGUGGAGAUGAUGAUCUGCUUGCCCAAUGGGACAGUGGUCCAUCAUAUUAAUGCCAAUUACUUCCUGGACAUCACUUCCAUGAAGAUGGAAGAUAUUGAUGUCUUCAGCAUCUCAUCUACCUUUGAAGACCCGUCCACAACCACUUAUGCACAAUUCCUGAAGGAAGGACUUCGCCGAGCCCAGCCCUUCCUUCAGCCCUAGGACCCCAGCCAGAGGGGCACAGAGCUGCAUGAACUUUCUUCUUCUAGUCUGGCUUUCAGUCCCCAGUUGUGACUGAAAUUCCCCCAUCAGCCACAAGGACAGAUGUGAUCCUAAAGCCAGGGUGGUCCUUCACACAUUUCAGUCCCACACAAGUGUCUCCCAAAAUGAAGCUACUGGCCUUGGCCUCUUUGGAAACCCCAGUGACGGGGCAGGGCUCCCUGCCGCAGGUGCCAUUUCUUUGCAGUUUCCUCCAGCUGCUCCUGCUUUGAGCCCUAAGUGUUAGUUCAGAAAAGAAAUAGGAUUUGCUUCCAGGCUUUCCUUUAUUCUCCAUUAGGGAUGUCCUGUUGCCUCUAGCAAGCAAGGCAUCAGGACUCAGGAACUCACUUGUCCAUUUGGGGUAAGGAGCAUUGGGAAAAGAACUGGGAUUUGGUCUGGAAGGCACCAAGGUCUAUCCCUAUUGCCCAGAUGCCUCAUCCUCGGGUCAAAGGAAACCCCAUUUUUGUGCAUCCUGGGCAGUCUUUCUGCUCCCCUGAAGUCUGCCCCAACUCUCUGUUUAUUACUGCUGUCUUCUCCAAGAUUUGGGGCAAUAGGCCCAAGCCAGACCCUCCUCUGGUUCAGGUCAGAAGAGAAAAAGAGACUGAAGCUAGACACACUGUCUGGUCUCUGUUUUUUAAUGAGAAACCAGGUUUUGGUGGAGACCAAUGGCAGCUUUGAAGAAGACAAGUUCACAAGAGGACCACUGCAGAAGCAGGGCCAAGACCUCAUCCCAACCACCUCCUUGGUCCCAGUAGGAUGGGGGCCUCAAGGACAGAUUGCCUAUCAUCCCCAGAUAUUGUCUGGCAUCCCCUGCUUGUUUCCUGCCUCCAAGUCAUUGUUCAGCAGUAUUGUAGCCAUAGGACCCCAGAAACCAAAUUCUUCUUGGUAAGAUGCAAGGAGACCUGGCUCUUGGAGGUAGCAGGGCUAGCACAGCUGGGAAGAACAACUGCUUUGCAUUCAGCGCCCCCGAUGCCUCCUGCAGCCCACUUGGGCUAAGCCAGCACUGUGGCUCUGGCCUUGAGAAGUAGAAACCAGGAUGCUUGCCCUCUCAUUCAGUUCAGUCCUUGGGUGCUCCCCUUGAAUUCAACCUUGAGGCUGCAUGGUAGGGUGAGAAGAGCCUAGAUGUGGACUCCAAAGACCUGGGUUCAAAUCCUGCUCUUCUGCUUAUCUAUGUGAGUCAGAAUCCAGAUUUCAGAGUAGGAAGGGACCUCAUUGGCCACUUGGGUCCACUUAUAUUCAAAAAAGAGUCCCCACUACACUAUGCCCAACAAGUGGUCACCCAGCCCCUAACGGAGGAAACCAAUUACCUGCCCAUUCUACCCUUGACAGUUAAGAAGUUUUUCCUUGUGUCAAACCAAGUUCACAUCUGCCACUGCAAUUUCCACCUAUUGCUCCUAGUUCUACCUCCUGGGGCCAGCAGGAUAAGUCUGAUCCCUCUUCCAGCUGACACCCGCUCAGGUGCUUCAUGUGACAAUGUGAGCUUAUGGAAGGUAAGCAAUCUGCCCUUGGCCUAGAGCCCAUUACACAGGUUUUACAGGCCUAUUUGAAAAAUGAAGGGGUUGGCUUAGAUAAUGUGUGAAGUUUCUUAUGAUUCUAACUGUUACAAGUCUCACUGGACACCAGCUGCCUAGGAAACUGAAUUAAGCUCGUUUUGUUUGGUUAACUAGACCCUAGAGACCUUCUCAACUAUAACUCUAGGUCCCCUCGCCCAGCAGAAAAAGGAAGCCCUGAAGGAUUUUUUCAGGAGAUCCCAGUGGGGCGUUUUUGUCACAAUUCAAGAAGUAUUAAGCCCAUACAGUGUGCAAAGCUCUGUGACAGUCUUUACCAGCCCAACAUGGGUUCUUUUCAAAAGAAUUGGAUCCAACCAAAGAGCCUGGCCUUUUAGGAAACCAGUAGAAACUAUCAAGAGAGAAAAAAAGAAAAAUACCAAGUAUUAAAAAGCCAUAACUAUUAGAGAAAACAAGAAACCAAGGUAUCCUCUGCUCUUGGAGCUACACCUCGCUUCCCAGCCUCCCUUUGGGCACCCUUCCCGUAAUCCAGGUCAGGCCACCACCUCCUGAGUAUUCAAGGCCAUGGUGCUGGAAAACCAUUUUUAUACACAUAUAGAAGUAUUUUUCCUAUUUGUACUUUCUAGUUUACAGUUUGUAGAUAUUUUUGAUAACUCCACUGAGGAGGAAGAGAGACUUGUGUUCUCUGCCUGCAACUGUUCUUUAUGAUGGCUGGAUCCUAAAUCCCAGAUGGAUCAAGCUUGAUGUCUUGACAGUAACUGGAAGGGAAAGAAAACUCCCUCUUCCUUCUCUUCAGAUUUUUAAGCAUUCCUUUGGGGAAACAGAUUACCCAUUGCACAAUGAUUACCUAUCUGCCUUCCCUGUCCUUUCCCUCAGGUCCCUCUAUCCAGAUGAAGACAUCCUUGGUCUCCAGUCCUUGGGGUCUGCAGGCAGUCCUAACUAGGCCAGUGACUCCUUCUUUGUCAGGGCUGACAGCUGACCAUGUCCUCAAGGCUCAAGAAACUAUUACUUCAGGGGGCAGCUAGGUGGCACAGUGGAUAAAGCACAGGCCCUGGAUUCAGGAGGACCUAAAUUCAGUUCUGGCCUCAGACGCUACUAGCUGUGUGACCCUGGGCAAGUCACUUAACCCUCAUUGCCCCACCAAUAACUAUAACUUCAGACCUACUAGCCUAAGUCCUCUAAGCACUCCUCAGCCUCCAGGACCCCAGGAAAGAGUUAGUACAGUAUCAGAUGCCAAGUUAUAUUCUUGAGCAUGAUGGAAGUCCAUGAGGUCUCCUGGGUGAACUCAUCUAAUUAUCCAUGGCAUUAGUCAAUAGUAAUGUUACCACUCUUUUAUUCCGUUCUCCACCCAGUGUCUGCAACCUAGCAACAACUGAAAGGUAAGGUUAUUUGCAGACUAAAAUAUUUCAUCCCUUCCUGACAUCUCCCUUCUUAAAAAAGGAUGAGACAGAACAGCUCAGCUCUGAUUCUUGCUUUGCAGUUCUGAGGUCAUGCUGUCUGUCCAUAGUAUGGGAUGCAGAACAGACGAUUGUUGAUCAGAGAGACAGGAAAGAGAAGCCAGGUGUUUCCCCCAGCUUCUCCUAAGUCAUGUCUGAGUGCAGAGUUUGAAGGGUGUCCAAUUUAAGUGCUAAGAAAGACAACACAGAAUUAACUAUCAGUAGCCAUCAGUAGUGGAAGUAAUUGAGUUGACCAUAGAGAGUUUAAAUAUCAAUGAGUUGAAGUAUCAACCCAUGUGACAUUGCUCCAUCUGAUUAUGGUAUGAUGUUUGUUGAGGAUUCUUGCUUCUUUUUAACUAAUGUCCCUGUGGUUACUGUACACUACAGAUAGGGUCCAGAGCCUCAGUCCUGAAGGAACAUAGUGCAUGAACUUCCAUCCCAUCGUGCCCUUUUGCCUUUUCCCUCUGUUGUGUGCCAUUCUUAUGUGUUCUAAUAAAGUCAUCGAAAUGUUCACAGACCAGGAUGCUAUUCCUCUGAUGCUGAGCCACUUUCCUGCCACUUGUGAUUGGUAAAAACUGGUUAGGAGGAAUAGGAUAUUUCAUAACAACCUGGAAGACCAACUGACAGCAUAGCUUUGAGGAGAGAUGCCUAGAGUAUCUCUGAAGAGGAAGAAUUUUCAAGGAAAAACCCUCUUGACAGGGAAGCAACUUGUUUACAAGAAUAAAAACACUCAUUCCUAUUCCAUCUCUUCCAUCAGUUUAUAAACUAUGAUCUUGGCUGAGUCGUUUGGGCCUCAAUUUUGUAAGCUAUUAAAGAAAGGACUCAGAAGAUCCUUCAGGAUCCUCUAAUCAGACCCUUUCAUUUGACAAGUGAAGAAAAGAAGGGUGGUAACAAAGGUAAGGAGAACAGAAAUUGUACUAAGUCUUCUGGCUUCAAAUUUGUAUUCUUUGAACAGGAUGUCAUCAGUUUCUUUCCAGUUGUAACUCCAUCCCCAUGGAGAGGGAGAGCAGGGUGUUUUAUUGUUUAUUUUAGGAGGAAGACAAAACACUUUCAGUUGCAUUCAUGGAGUGCAUUGUACUAAGGAGGCCUCUUGUAACAAACAGGUCUUUUCCCAUGUGGGCAUUCACAGAAACUGGCUUCCACUGAAUUUUGGAAUUAGAAGAAAACUCACAGGACACCUAGUCCAAUCCCUUCCUGCCUAAGAAUGUGCUCCAUAUGGCCAUUAGCUGUCGACCUCUAAGAAGGGGUUACGGGGAGCCCACCGACUCGAUUUGGGAGUUCACAUUGCUAGCAAGUUGUUCUCCCAAGUUAGAAUCUGCUUCUAAAGCUUUCACCCUUAGCGGCCAACAAGAACAAAAGUGGAUCUCUGGGACCUGGCAACUUGAACUGACAAGAGCUGCUGAUUCUUUUCUUAUAUAUACUCUUGAGUUUCAAUUCCCUAAUUAGCCAUUUUUGUUCUGCCUUUUCCAGUCCAGUUAUAAUUUUCCUUGGCAGACACAAUGGGCAAAAUGAGAAAAAUUGAAUUCGUUUUCUUUUUUUGAACACCAUCUAGUGAUUAGAAUCAGGAAAAACAGAGCCUAAACCUGUCCCUCACACUUGCCAGCUGUGUGAUCGUGGUGAGUUAAUUAAGCUCUCUGAGUUUCAUGUUUCUCAUAUAGGAAAUUGGUGUGACCAUCCCUUCUUUACAGGACUACUGUGAAAUGCUCUAUAAAUGUUAUUAUAACCAGUGUUAUGUUUAAAAUCUAAUUGUUAUGACUAAAAAUCUAAUGUGUAGUUGCCUUAAAUUAGAAGCUUAUAGCACCAGUCUUUGGGCAUUAAGCAUUUAUUAAGGUAUAUUAGAAGUUAGCAAAAGAGAGAGAAAGAACAUGUGGAGUUCAGAAAGAAAGAACCUAGUUGGCCUAGAGGAGAGAUGAAUUCAGCCUGGCCUUCCCCUCCCAAGUUUUUCUGCCACCACUAGCAGCCCCAGCAACCAAAGAGAGAUCCUCUGUCUUUCGGAGAGGAAGUUCCCUGCAGGACAGGAAGAGGGACAGUCCCCACGCACAGCUCCAAGCUAAUUGGCUGGUAGCAUCGAUUGACAUGACUUACAGGCAGUUCUAUGAAUAGAUGUGACACUAGUCACAUGCUUUCUUCUCAAGGGGGCAUUGCCCUGGUUCUCACAAUGACUUUCUCAAGGGGGGGGGGGUGACACCCUGAUUCUCACACCAGUAAUCUUCCCCUCCAUUCUGAGUGGGUCCAUUCCUUGACUCCUCUCUAUUUGCUCCCUCUAGCACUCCUGGCAUUCUUAUAGAAUCAUAUCACACUUAUGUAUCUUCCCUCUGCUACCUGACCUUGCUUCCUGUUCAGAUCUAAGAACUUACCACACCAUUCCUGACACAACUUUCCACUUUUCCUCAUUAGCAUUGCUUCAGUUUGUGUUUUCAGAAUUAAA